GGCGACAGACUAAUACCACGCUUGGAUGAAAAUGAAAGCCGGAGGAAAUUCCCGAAUUCCUCGCGUUCUCAACAGUCUCCACCUGUUUUCCCUCAUGCGCGCAUACAUGCUGCAGAUCCCCACGCGUACAACUCACGCACCCAUUCUUCCUAUUCUCUCCCAAAUUUCUCUGAAUCCUCUGAUGAAUCAUCUUCCAUGGCCGCCCCACCCCCCCUUCUCCUCUCCUCCUCGCUUGUCCUCCUCCUCCUAGCCGGUCCGAAUCUCGGGUCCCUCGAGGACUUCUCCAUUUUGGGGCCGGGCCGCCUGGCGCUGGAGCUUCUCCGAGCGAACUACUCGUCGCCGGGCCCCUCCCUUCCUCCCACGCCGUCGAAACCGCCGCCCCUCACCUGCGAGGACCUGAAGGGCAUCGGGUCGCUCGACACCACCUGCGAGCUCAGCUACAGCUUGAAUUUCACCGGCAACGUCCGUGUCAAGGGUCGGGGCAACCUGUUCAUCCUCCAGGGGGUGUCCCUCACCUGCCCGGAAUUCGGCUGCUUGGUUUAUAUGAACGUGACCGGCGAAUUCAGGCUGCACCCCUUUGCAGAGAUUGUGGCCAGCACCGUCCGCAUAGCUGCCGGAAACGCAACCCUGUUUGGGAACUCGGUGAUUAAUGUGACCGCAAGGGCUGGCGACCCGCCGGAGACGAAGGGAACGCCGGACGAUGUUCAGGGCAGUGGUGGGGGACACGGUGGCAGGGGGGCCAGCUGCUUGAUGGACAAUAUGAAGCUUCCAGAGGAUGUUUGGGGUGGGGACGCGUAUUCCUGGGAAAAUCUGGACAAGCCAUGGAGCUAUGGUAGUAAAGGAGGGACAACUAAUAGAGAGGAGGAUUAUGGAGGGAGAGGGGGUGGGAGAAUCUGGUUGGAGGCUAAGGAUACUGCAGAUGUUAGCGGGCUGCUUCUCGCGGAUGGUGGUGAUGGUGGAAUCAAAGGCGGGGGAGGGUCUGGCGGCAGUGUUUACAUCAAGUCACGAAAAAUGACAGGAAGCGGCAAAAUAUGUGCCUCGGGAGGGGAUGGAUUUGCUGGUGGAGGUGGUGGAAGAGUAUCUAUCGAUGUGUUUAGCAGGCAUGAUGAUCCCGUAUUUUUUGUGCAUGGGGGAAGAAGCUUUGGCUGUCCCAUGAAUGCAGGUGCAGCUGGAACAUUCUUUGAUUCUGUUCCUCGACGACUUAUCAUUGACAAUAACAACUUGUCAACUGAUACUGCCACACUUCUUUUACAAUUUCCUAACCAGCCACUCUGGACAAACAUUUACAUUCAAAAUUGUGCUCAAGCUACUGUUCCUUUAUUAUGGAGUCGAGUUCAGGUUAGAGGACAACUUAGUUUAUCGGCUGGAGCAGUUUUGAGUUUCGGACUAUUUAGUGGCAUGAUACAUCCAAUGGAAUUCGUCUAUGGGGCAUUGCGUCUGUCCGUAAAAAUACAUUUGAUGCUGAAUUCCAAAAUCCUUAUAACUGGCGAUAGUGAUCCAAUCGUUGCAACUUCAUCGCUUGAAACCAGUAAUUUAGCAGUUCUUAAGGGAUCGUCCGUAAUACAUUCAACUGCAAAUUUAGGGAUUCAUGGACAAGGGUCGCUGAACUUGUCAGGGCCAGGAGAUAUUAUUGAAGCACAGCAUUUAGUUUUGUCCUUAUUUUAUGCUAUCAGCGUUGGUCCUGGAUCCAUUCUCCGAGGUCCCUUGGAAAAUGCGAGUGAUAGCAGCAUGGUACCAAGACUUUACUGUCAACAGAGGGACUGCCCAGUUGAACUGCUUCAUCCACCUGAGAAUUGCUUUGUGAAUACUUCAUUGCCAUUCACUCUCCAGAUAUGUCGAGUUGAGGACAUCAAUAUUGAAGGUCUCAUGGAAGGUUCUGUUGUUCAUUUUCAUUUGGUUAGAUCUGUGGUUGUGAAACCUUCUGGUACAAUAAGUGCCUCUGGACUUGGCUGCACUGGUGGGGUAGGUCGCGGAGAAAUUUUGCCUAGUGGUCUAAGUAGUGGUGCUGGACAUGGUGGUAGAGGAGGCGAUGCAUAUUACGGAGGAUCUUAUGUCAGGGGUGGUAUUGCAUACGGGGAUUCAGACCUGCCAUGUGAGCUUGGUAGUGGGAGUGGAAAUGAGAGUCAACUUGGUGUGACUACUGGUGGUGGUGUUAUUGUGAUGGGUUCACUGGAGCAUUCCUUGUCAAAAUUGGUUGUGUAUGGUAAUAUUAAAGCUGAUGGAGAAAGUUAUGGUAAGUAUGUUGGAGGGAAGGAAGUUGGGAUUGUGUCAGAUGUUGGUCCAGGAGGUGGAUCUGGAGGAUCUAUUCUUCUGUUUGUCCAUAAGUUUGUCCUUGAUGAAUAUGCUACCAUCUCAACCAUUGGAGGGCAUGGAAGCGCCAAUUGUGGUGGUGGAGCUGGUGGAAGAAUUCACUUCCAUUGGGCAGAUGUUCCUAUUGGAGAUGAAUACAUGCCAAUGUCCGUUGUCAAAGGAACUAUCGGAAUCAGAGGAGGGAGUGGUAGGGGUCUAGGACGAGCUGCUGAAAAUGGGACUCUGAGUGGAAAAACCUGUCCAAAGGGGCUCUAUGGGAUAUUUUGUCGGGAAUGCCCACUUGGGACAUAUAAAAACGUGACUGGAUCUAAUGGAGACCUUUGUCGUGAUUGUCCACCUCAAGAGCUUCCUCAUCGUGGAAUGUAUAUUGCAGUCCGAGGAGGCGUCAUGGAAACACCAUGUCCAUACAAGUGUAUAUCUGAGAGAUAUCGUAUGCCUCACUGUUAUACAGCCCUUGAAGAACUAAUAUACACUUUUGGAGGGCCUUGGUUGUUUGGUUUCAUACUUUUAAGUCUCCUCAUCAUCUUAGCAGUUGUUCUCAGUGUUGCUAGGAUGAAGUUUGCUGGUGGAGAUGAAUUGCCAGGUCUUGUGCCAAGCAGGCGCUGCUCUACAAUUGAUCGCUCAUUCCCUUUUCUAGAGUCGCUAAAUGAGGUGUUGGAAACUAGUAGAAACGAGGAAUCCCAAACCCACGUUCACCGCCUGUACUUUCUUGGGGCUAAUACUUUCAGUGAACCUUGGCAUCUCCUUCACUCACCUCCUAAAGAAGUGAAAGAAAUAGUAUAUGAGGAUGCUUUCAACAUAUUUGUUGACGAGAUAAAUGCAUUAGCAUCUUAUGAAUGGUGGGAAGGAUCUAUAUAUGGUAUCCUCUGUGUUAUUGUGUAUCCACUUGCCUGGUCAUGGUUGCAGUGGCGUCGUAAGGAAAAAGUAAAACACCUACGCGAAUAUGUUCGUUCAGAAUAUGAUCAUGCCUGCUUGCGUUCUUGCCGUUCAAGAGCUCUCUAUGAAGGGCUGAAGGUUGCUUCAACUUCUGAUUUCAUGCUAGGGUAUGUUGACUUUUUCCUUGGUGGAGAUGAAAAGAGAAGUGACCUCCCUCCCCGCCUUCAUCAACGGUUUCCAAUGUCUAUAUUGUUCGGGGGAGAUGGAUCUUACAUGGUUCCUUUCUCCCUCCAAAGUGAUAACAUUCUAACAAACCUCAUGAGCCAGUCGGUGCCCCCAACAAUUUGGUACAGGCUGGUAGCUGGUCUUAAUGCUCAGCUUCGUUUAGUUCGUCGAGGGCAUUUGAGGUCAACUUUUCGUCCAGUUGUCCUCUGGCUUGAGAUGCAUGCCAAUAGAACAUUACGCACUCAUGGUGUACGUGUUGAGUUAACUCGCUUUCAACCUUCAGCAAGCGGCUAUUGCCAAUUUGGACUUGUUCUGUGUUCGUUAGAGGACGAAAGUAGUCAUUCACCCGGUCAAGGGUCAGAGAGGCGUCUCUUGCAUGAGAAGCAGUCACGUUCGCCUGCAAACCGCUGGAAGAAAGCAUUGGAUCUUGUUAGAGUUAGUGAACAUGCAAUGACACAGAAAAAGACAUGUGGAGAAGUUAUAAAUUCCAAGAGCUUACAGAAGCUUGAAGAAGGGUUCACAUUAUAUUUUCCUUUCUACUACAUAACACGUAACAUCAAGCCAGUUUGCCAUCAGGAUCUUGUUGGUUUAAUCAUCUCGGUUCUACUUUUAGGAGAUUUUAGCUUAGUGUUGCUGCUUCUGCUUCAGCUAUAUUCCAUAUCAAUGCUUGAUGUCUUCAUGUUUUUGCUUAUUCCUCCUCUGGGGAUACUUCUUCCAUUUCCCGUCGGAAUAAAUGCCUUAUUUAGUCACGGGCCCAGGCGAUCAGCUGGUCUUGCACGCGUAUAUGCUUUGUGGAAUAUUACCUCUGUGAUGAAUGUUAUGGCUGCGUUCAUAUGCGGACUAGUUCAUUUCAAGACUCAGUCCUCAUCGAAUAAAAGGCAUCCAAACUUUCACUCCUGGAAUUUUAGCAUGGAUGAAAGUGGUUGGUGGAUGCUGCCUUGUGGACUUAUUGUGUGUAAAGUUCUCCAGGCUCGGCUAAUUGAUUAUCAUGUUGCUAACCUUGAGAUCCAGGACAAGACGUUAUACAGCACUGACACUACUGUUUUCUGGCAGUCGUGACGAGCACUAAUCGGCCAAGUGAUGGCUGCACAAGUACUCAGCAACAUGUUAAAGAUUUAUCUGUUGUAGUUUGCUACAUGUCUUCUGGCACUACAUCAAUAUACUUUUUUUUUUUUCAGAAUUUUAUUUGAGAGAAAUUUUGUUUGCAGUCAUAUAAAGGACCCCCAUUUUUAUGGUGUGUUCGACUUUUUGUGUUGCCCCUUUAAUUCAUUUCCCACAAAUUAUUCCAUAUAGAAAUCAUCGCUGUCUUCCAUUAAUAACAGCAGUUGGCCUAAUUUGAUUGAUUCCCUUUAGGGACUUUUGAGACCCACUCAUAUCAAGUGCUUUUUUUUUUUCUUCUUUUCUUUUUCCUUUUUUCUUCUUUCUUUUUCGACAUAUCAAGUGCUUUAUUCAGGACAUUUUUGUGAUGAGUUGAUGUAACCGUGUUCGUUUGUCAUAUCUCACAAAUUUCAUAUAUUUUUAUAUAUUUUUAAUGUAUGACAUUCUAAUA